UCUUGUGUUCAGCAGCCUCUUGGAAUCAGCCACGUUUCUGUACCUGACACUGCUGCUGGCUUUGCUGCCGAUGCUUGGUACGGUGUUCAGGCCGUCACCGCCGCUCUUCCCAACGGAUAUGUCCAGACUUUCAGCAACCUGACUGCUUCCAACUCUGCCGAUCAGUACGCCGGCUACACUCUGAUGAGCUCGUACGACGUUGCUGGAUGUGGACAGCAGUGCACCAGCAUGAGUGGUUGCAACUCGUUCAACAUCUACUUCGAGAGAGACCCUCAGUAUGAUCCUUCAGUCGCUGGUUGUAACAACCCUCCUAGCACCACUAACAUCAAGUGUGUGUUCUGGGGAGGUGCGGUUACUUCUGACAACGCCAACAACUUCGGUCAAAUGCGUGAUGGCUUCAACGUUGUCAUUGCUGGAUCCAACGGAUACAUUGCCGCUGCUUAU